AUGGACCCCUCACUGGACAAUGCCCGCCAUCUGCGCUACUGGCAGCGCUGCCUGCGCACAUUGUUACCAUACCAGUACACAGCCAACGACAGCACACGCAUGACGCUGGGCUGCUUUUCAGUAGCAGCCGCGGAUGUUCUGGCUGCAGGACCGACACCGAUCUCGAUCAUCCCUCCCGCUGACCGGAAGGCAUUCCGGUCAUGGGUGCUUGCCUGCCAGCACCCUGGUGGCGGUUUCGCCGGCUCACCAACACAUGUGUUUCCACGCGCAGUGUACGGCGGGUUUGACUUUGCGGCAGGCGGGCCGACGAUCGGGGCACAGGGCGAGGCAAACAUUGCGGCGACCCUGUUUGCAUUACAGCUGCUAGCACUGUUGGCCAGCGAGCCAGAGUCCGGAGCAGACGGCGAGCAAACCGAGGGCAAGAAAGAGGGAGCUUUCCUUGGCGUGAAUCGAAACACAACCCUGCGAUGGCUUCGGCGGUUACAGCGGGAAAACGGCAGCUUCGGGGAGUAUGUGACAGAGGUAGUGGACCCACGAGCUGCAGGCGGCCGACGGACGGUGAUCGGGGGCGGUGCGGACAUGCGGUACUGCUACAUCGCGGCGAUGAUCCGGUGGAUGUUGGGUGGUGGAAGAGCCCACGACGACGUGGAGGAUAUCGACGUUGAUGCGCUGGUGCUCUACAUACGGCGUGGACAGACGUACGAUGGUGGUUUCUCGGAAAGCUCGACACAUGAGAGCCAUGCUGGAUAUGCGUUCUGCUCUAUUGCGGCCCUCGAGCUUUUGGGACGUGCCCCAGAAGACGGCUUGGUCACUACACCUGCAAAAAACGACCUGUUUGCCCGUGGCAUUGCCGAUAUACCCGCACUACUUCGGUGGCUCGGUUCCCGCAGCUUUUUGUACAAGACGAACAGCGACGAUGACGGCGGUGAUGAAGAGGAAGAGGAAGAAUGGCACGAAAGCAUUGUCACCAACGUCACGCCGGAUACCCUGCUGCAGUCGGCGUGCCACCCGCUGCUUGGCUUUAACGGCCGGUGCAACAAGCACGCCGACUCAUGCUAUACAUGGUGGACGGUCGGCUCGCUGGUCAUCUUGCAGCAGAAUGGUCAUGGCCUGGGCGAGGCUGCCGGAACUGCUGCAGCCAACUGGGAUGCAAGCCGUCGGUUCCUCCUCGAGGAGAUGCAGCACGCCAUCGGCGGCUUCUCAAAGGCACCCGGCGGCCCACCGGACGUGUAUCACUCGUACCUGUCGCUAGCAGUGCUGGCGACAAAAGGCGAGCCCACCCUCAAGGCGUUCGACCCGGCAAUGUCUGUCAGCGUGGACACGGUGCGCACGAUCGAGGCCGCUCGGCGUGGACUUCUGCGUGGGUUGGGUGAUGGCGGUGCAAAGCGGCGGACCGAUCUACUAUCCCUUGGCAAAGCUUGCUGGGAAGCAACUAGCACAGUUACAUCAACAGCGACGGCUGCUUAA